AUGGACUCCACCGACGUUAUUAUUGUUGGCGCAGGACCGUCUGGUCUUGCCCUCGCCCUUGCUCUAAGUGACCAGAAGAUCAAAUCGGUCCUUUUGGAGAAGAACAUUGAGAUAUGCGAGGAUCCACGGGCAAUUGCUGUUGCAGGUGAUGCCCCUCGCAUUGUCAACCUGCUUGGCAUCAACGCAUUCAAAAUGGACAAGAUUGGCCAAACUAUGACCGGUAUUCAUUUUCACCAAAACACCUUCUCCUCGAAACCGUUUGCUAGUAUCGACCAUGAGCGUGACUGGCUUGAACAGGCCCAGGCGCCAGGGACUGUUCUCUUGCAGCCCGAACUUGAAAAGCACUUUCGCGACUCUAUACAGACUUCGAAGUACGCGGAGCUGAGACUGGGAAGCCUGGUGACAGAGAUACGCGAAGUGCCUGGUGGGAUUCUGGCGAGCUACCGACGUAAAGAUGGCAAAGUGCUUGAAAUACAAGGGAAAUACUUGGUCGGCGCUGAUGGCAAGCGUGGAUACGUCCGCAAAGAAUAUUUAGAGGCAAAGGGGAUACAACAACUACCUGGAUUGUACACAUACGAGGCGACUUGGAUUGCAGCCAAUCUGCGUAUUACACUACCAACACCCACGUCGCACCCAGCAUUUCCACUUUGGAAGCUUGGAUACCAUCCUGAGCAGCUAUGGGACAUUUUCUGGCCUGAUGGAUUUCAUUUCUGCACUCACCCGACAAUGCCCAUCGCCGCAGGUCGAUUUGGACCUAGACACGAGAAAUUUUGGAGGUUUGAAUACGAAUUGCCCUCAGGUUUCCUUCCCGAUGACUGCAUUAAGCAUCUCGAAGAGCAAAUGAGAGCUCACUUAACUAUCAAAGGAGAACUACUCAGUCGCAAAGGUAUGGUUCUAUAUGAACCAGUCGUCUUUCCUUGGGAUUGUGUGGAGGUAUUGCGUUGUGCGCCCGCCAAUUUCUCUCAGAAAGUUGUCAACAGAUGGUUCCAUGGCAAUAUUUGUGUCAUUGGCGACGCAGCCCAUGUGUUUCCUCCUUUCGGCGCUCAAGGAAUCGCAAGCGGCCUACGAGAUGCUUUGGGUCUGUCAUGGAGGCUAGCCCUGCUUUGUAACCCACAAUCAUCUCUGCAGACUUCAGCGCACCGUGAUCACCUGCUUGAAGGGUGGUCGCGAGAGCGUCGAAGGGGGGUGGACGAUUCAAGUAUUGUCACUCAAAGAAGUGGCAAUGUCCUUCUUAGCAAGUCUCAUUCUCUCGUGCAGUUGAUGAGAAUUAUUAGUGGAGGGCUCGACCUUCUACCAUCGUUUCGAGACUUGAUGUUGAAGUCAGUAUUGAGUGAUCGGGAUGGUUACCGCGGGGUAGACGGCGGGUUCUUUCUCGAGAGACAAGGUGGAGGUGGGAAGACUGCUCAGGUAUGUGUACGAACGACCAACAACCUCGCUCGCCUAUCAGAUGAGGUCUUCUGGGGGCAAGGUGGCGUGCUCACCCUGCUCCUGUUGUGCCAGCCCAGUGAAGAAGAAGCUUCAGCCUUGAAGAACGUACUUGAGGAUGCUAACUUGCCACUUUGGUUGUUAUCUGAGCAUAUUUUGGAAUUUUAUGUGGAUGACCAAGUUGGAAACAUGAAGUCAACCUUGGGCUUCAAAACCAAGAAGCUUUAUCUUGGCACCACAGAGGACACGGUCAAGACGAUGGGUCAGCCUCUGCUCCCCUUUUACAAUCCUGCUUCUUUCCGGGCUCGUUUUGGGGCUGCGACCCGUUAUGCUCUGAUUCGCACCGAUCUUAUUAUCUUCUCUCAAGCUGAGAGCCCAAAGCGACUGGGAUCACAACUUCACAACGCCGUUGCAAUACUGAGCCGCAAGUGA